CUGCCCAUUCAGCAUUGAAAUUACCUCUGAAUUUAAAUUUAACAGAGGAGCCUUAUUGUAACAUUAUAGAUAAUCCUGCUACUUGUAAAUUACUUAAAAAUACAAAAGUUAUAAUUUUGGAUGAAUGUACGAUGGCCCAUAAAAAAGGUCCAGAGGCAUUGCAUAAAACUUUACAACAUUUGAAUAACAAUAAAUAUAUAAUGGGAAAAGUAGUGGUUAUUUUAGCAGGUGACUUCCGACAAACAUUACCGGUAAUAACACAUGGAACACCUGCUGACCAAAUUGAUGCAUGUUUGAAAAAAUCUUAUCUUUGGAAACAUACAAAGAUAAUAAUGUUAAAAAAAAACAUGAGAGUAUUUUUAACAGGUGAUCCUACACUAUCAACUUUUUCAGAACAAUUACUACUUCUUGGUAAUGGAAAAUGGAAGGAAGAUUCGGAUGGUACUGUGGAAUUUCCAUCAAAUUUUUGCAAUAUUUUAAAAUCAAUUGAAUCUUUAAAAACUCAUGUAUUUCCUGAUAUGCAAAAGAGCCAUACUUGCACCGACAAAUAAUAAAGUAGAUGAUAUUAAUAAAGAUAUAUUAAACUCUCUCCCAGGAGAAAGUAAAAUAUAUAAAUCAAUUGAUACCGUAUGCAAUCCCGAAGAUUCAAUACACUAUCCAAUGGAGUUUUUAAAUUCUUUGACAAUACCAGGUUUACCUCCUCAUAUAUUAACUUUAAAAAUUGGAGCACCUAUCAUGAUUUUAAGAAAUAUUAAUCCAUCUAAAUUAUGCAAUGGAACCCGUUUAAGUGUAAAAUCUUUGAAAAAUAAUGUAAUAGAAGCUACAAUAUUAACCGGAUGUGGAAAAGGUGAAGUCGUAUAUAUACCAAGAAUACCUAUUAAACCCAGUGAUGUGCCGUUUGGAUUUGAGCGAUUACAGUUCCCGGUAAAACUUGCAUUCACCUUCACCAUAAAUAAAUCUCAAGGUCAAUCAUUGAAAUGUACGGGACUUCUACUUGAUCCUAUGUGCUUCUCUCAUGGACAAUUAUAUGUGGCAUGUUCAAGAGGCGGUGACCCGAAAAAUCUCUACAUUUAUUGUCCGAAUGGAAAAACAAAGAACAUCGUAUAUCCUCAAGCAUUAAAAUGAUACAGAUUAUUA